UUCCAUGAUUUAAUUGUUACGCGGAGGCCUUCUCCGGCGCGAGCACGGCCAGCAGCGACGCGCGGUCGUCCUUCGUCUUGACGCGGACGAGGAACGUGUCCGCGCUCUUCUCGGAGGUGGCCGCCAUGAAGCGCACGGCCUUGUCGCCGUGCGCGUCGACGGCCGACGGCGCCGCGUUCAAGACCAGCGUGUGCGUGAGGUCCCUCCUUGCCACGACGCGCAGCGCGCCCUUCUUGUCUCUCAAUACUUUAAGGACGCACACUCCCCGUUCCUUCCACGUCGCGCUGCCUUCUUUCGGCUUCUCGAGGACAAAGGCCUUGCAGCGGCACUUGUGGAGCUCCGUGUCCCCCUCCUCGCCGUUCGACGCGUCUAUUUUCUCGGGUGCUGCAGGCGCCGGUGCCUCCGCUGUCGAACCGAAGCCGCCCGCCUCGAAAGCGGGCUUGUCGUCCGCCUUCGAGGCUCCGAAGCCGAAGCCGCCCUUCUCCUCAGUCUUGCCGUCGCUCGCCGCCGCAGCGAAGCCAGUUUUCUCCUCGCUGGCGGCGGCGCCGAACCCACCGAAGCCGCCACCGCUAAAACCGCCGAAGCCGCCGCCCGAGGAACUGCCGAAGCCGCCGCUCGACGACCCGCCGAAGGAGCCGAAGCCACCGCUCGUGUGGGCCGCGAAGCCGCUCGCAGGUGCCGGCGCCGGCGCGGCGUCGUCGCUCGCCUCCGGAUCCGUCACCGGUGCGGCAUCGGUGCGCGCGCGCUUCUUGGCGGGUUGCUCCUCUUCAUCGUCAGGUUUUGAGGGCUGCUCCUCCUUCUCCGCGAGCGACGACAUCGCGCCCAAUCAACCUGGUUGGCUUGUAGAUAUGUUUUUGCCGGUGCGCUUGCGAAUUUUAGCGUGUGGCAGCCAAGCUAAGGGUUUGGGAAGUAUGCCUGGCAGCCUGCGUGCUUCAAAGAGCGGCACAGCUGUCAAAUCAAGCUUGCGCGGCGGC